UAUCUAAAACAAAUCUAAUAAUGAUGACAUUCGCGAGUUUGUGGUUGGUAGUUAUACUUCUAAUUAAUGUAAUUAGUGUCGGGGCUGCCCAAGAAAAGAAAGGAUCCACCAGUAAACUACGAACGACUCCAAAACGAAUGCAUUUCCAAGUCAGAUCUCAAUGUAAACUAUUCAAAACUUGGAAAAUGAAGCAGCUUUGUAAUCAAGUUGCGUCUGAUCCCAAUAUCGUGAAAAUGGGCCGUAAAGUACGAGCAUUUGUUAAAAAUAACGAUGAGAAAAGGUUCAGCAAAAGGAUGCGUAAAUUAUCAUCAAACGCUAGAGCUCUUACUAUUCCCACUCCUCCAGUAGAUGGAUUUACUAUGCCUUCUAUUUCUCGGACGUUAUCAUCAAAUACUGGAUUUCAAUGUACGAAAUCCUGUCCAAGUUAUAGUUCACUUUUGUCGGGAAAAACUCCAAUUCAAAGAAGCUUUUCACCAUGGGAGUCAUGCGCCCACUACGAUCCUCUAAGAUUUCCUCAAUGGCUGAAGCUUGGGUUUUGCUCUUGUAAAGGAUGCAUAAAUCCAGAAACUAAAAAAGAAGAUAUGUCAUUCGUGUCGGAACCAAUCACCGUAAACAUCACCGUGUUGAAACGAAAGCCAGGCGUUUCAUUUAGUGAAUGUAAGAAUCCGAAUGUGGGAUGUGAAAAAGCAUUACUAGAAGUUACUCUAGGUUGCACAUGUGUAUUACCAGAAGGAACAUAAAGACAUUUAAUUCUUUAAUGAACAAUGCAUUAAUCACGUGGAAUAUGUUAUCAACAAGUGUCCAUUAUGCUCCUAAUUUUUAGUCUAACCUGUAAGUCUCGCUUACUAAAAUAUAAUAAACUAAAUUGGCUUGCAAAAAAUAUGUUAUUCAUUGAAAUAAAUAUAAGUA